AUGCUGCCGGCUCAGGAGGCCGCCAAAAUCUACCACACCAACUAUGUGCGUAACAGCCGGGCGAUGGGCGUGCUGUGGCAGGUCUUCACCGUCACCUUCGCGGUCAUCACCGUGGUGGUUUUCAUCCAGCCGUACUGGAUCGGGGACAGCGUGAACACCCCGCAGGCCGGUUACUUCGGCCUUUUCCACUACUGCAUCGGGAACGCGCUCACCUCGGAGCUCACGUGCAAAGGGAGCGCGCUGGACUUCGGCUCCAUCCCGUCCGGAGCUUUUAAAACGGCCAUGUUCUUCGUGGGGAUCUCCAUGCUGCUGGUGGUGGGCAGCAUUGUCUGCUUCAGCCUCUUCUUCUUCUUCAACGCGGGCAGCGUCUACAAGAUCUGCGCCUGGAUGCAGCUGGCCUCCAGCACCUGCAUGGUGAUCGGCUGUAUGAUCUAUCCUGACGGCUGGGACUCGGACGAGGUGAAGCGCAUGUGUGGCCAACGGACCGACAAAUACACCCUGGGCAACUGCACGGUGCGCUGGGCCUACAUCCUGGCCAUCAUCAGCAUCAUGGACUCGCUCAUCCUCUCCUUCCUGGCCUUCAGCCUGGGCAGCCGACAAGACAAGCUGCUGCCCGAGGACUUCCAGGUGGAGGGGAAAGAUAAUGCUUAGUCCCCGUGUGGACAACAAGAGCAAUGACGUACAAGACUUGGAGGUGAACUUCUGUCUUCAGGGACUCAAAGGGUUUUUUUACGGUUUUGAUAAUUAACGAUUGUAAAUUACAAUCUCAACAUGUUGGUUUUUUUUUUUACAAGGAGCUCCUUCUGACUGGGAGUCUUAGGACCACUGUUUUUAGGUCCUAGUUACUUUGGAGAGAUACAUUUAAUCAACUCUUACUGUAACUGGCAUUUGUGACAUAACCCAGAAAACUUUAUUUCUUUUGCACUGUUCCGACAGCAUUCACCUGAAUAUGUAUUUAUAAACGAGGGUUCAUCAUUUGACAUUCUAACCAAUAUUGAGAUGUAUUU